AUGCCCCCCACCCUCCUGCUGCUGCUCUGGGGGUCCCUGGCCCUGAUGAAGACCUGGGCCGGUUCCCACUCCUUGAGGUAUAUCUCCACUGCGAUGUCUGGGCCGGGCCUGGAGGAGCCCCGCAUCAUCGCUGUGGGCUACGUGGACGACACACAGUUUGGGCGGUUUGAGGGCACCGCUCUGGGUCAGAUCGCAGAGCUGCUGGCGCCCUGGGCAAAUAGGGUGGGGCAGAAGGAUCUGGAGGAGGAGACCCGGAACCAAAGGGACGAGGCUCAGUGGUUCAAAGCGCUGCUGAAGACCCUGCGAGGCCUCUACAACCAGAGCAACAACGGGUCUCUCACCCUCCAGAGGAUGUUUAGCUGCGAGGUGGGGCCAGACGGGCGCCUCCUCCGCGGGUACGAGCAGUUCGCCUACGAUGGCUCCGAUUACAUCGCCCUGAACCCGGACCUGCGCUCCUGGACCCCCGCGGACCCGGUGGCCCAGAUCACCCAGCGCCAGUGGGAGGCGUCCGGGAGGGCGGAGCGCGUCAGGAACUGUGUGCAGGGCAGGUGCCUGAGGUGGCUCCGCAGACUCCUGGAGCUGGGGAAGGAGGUGCUGCAGCGCACAGGUCCCCCAAAGACAUCCAUAUCUUAUCACCCCUCAUCUGAGCAUGAGGUCACCCUGAGGUGCUGGGCCCUGGGCUUCUACCCUGCGGAGAUCACCCUGACCUGGCAGCGAGAUGGGGAGAACCUGACCCAGGACAUGGAGCUGGUGGACACCAGGCCUGGGGGAGAUGGAACCUUCCAGAAGUGGGCAGCUGUGGUGGUCCCUUCUGGAGAGGAGCAGAGAUACACAUGCCAUGUGCAGCAUGAGGGGCUGCCGGAGCCCCGAGUGCUGAGAUGGGAGCCCCCCCCUCAGUCGUUCAUCCCCACCAUGCCCCCUCCUCAGUCCUCCACCCCCACCGGGGGCCUCAUUGCUGGCCUGGUUCUCCUUGGAGCUGUGCUCACUGGGGCUGCGGUGGCUGCAGCUGUGAUGUGGAGGAAGAAGCGCUCAGGUAGGGAGGGAGGGUUUGGUCCCUAA